UACUCGAUGGUUCGACAGCUCUACUACAUACCAUUGUUUGGAUUAGGGCUUGGCUUUGAAUUCACGAGAAGAUUAUGUCCACAAAAGAAGCCGUGCAUCCCACUUAUGUGAUACUUGGCUCUGGUGGCCACACGGCCGAGAUGUGCAAGAUCACCAAGGCCCUCCUCCUCCAGAGUGACGAGUACCAACCAAUUCGAUUCAUUGUUGCCAACAAUGAUGAGAACUCGGAUCGUCAACUGCAUGCCGCUCUGGGGCAAUCCGGCACUGAUAACUUCCUGCGGGUGCCACGGAGUCGCAGCGUAGGCCAAAGCUGGCUGAGCAGCGUAUUCACCAUCUUUUACGCCCUGCUUUGGAGCUGCUGGCUCAUCUGGCGGGACCGCCCCCAGCUGGUGCUCUGCAACGGUCCUGGCACAUGUGUGCCCUACUGCUAUGCUGCCUACAUGUGGCGCCUACUUGGCCGCCUGCCCGCCAACAGCCGCAUCGUGUUCGUGGAAAGCUUCUGCCGGGUGGAGACGCUCUCGAUGAGCGGGCGUCUCCUGCUGCCAUUUGUGGACAUGUUCGUAGUGCAUUGGCCGGGCCUGGCAAAGCGCUACGAGGACCGGCCCAACCUGCGCUACUUUGGACGACUCUUUUAACCACUUUUAAUGCUUGUGAUGAUUUAUUUAACGUAGGUAGAAAAAAAAAAAA